AUGAAACUAGCUCUGCCUUCUGCAGCAAUGGUGUGUUUGGAGUAUUGGGCUUUUGAAAUUAUGGUUUUCCUAGCUGGAUUACUGCCUAACUCACAAAUCACAACUUCAUUGAUUGCAAUAUGUGCAAACACAGAAUUAUUUGCUUACAUGAUCACGUACGGACUUAGUGCUGCUGCAAGCACAAGAGUUUCCAAUGAAUUGGGAGCAGGCCAACCAGAAAAAGCUAAACAUGCAAUGAAAGUCACUCUAAAGCUCUCUCUUCUCCUUGGACUCGGGUUUGUUUUGUUACUUGUAUUUGGUCAUGAUAUAUGGAUUCAGCUGUUUAGUAAUAGUCCUGUUAUCAAAGAGGAGUUUGCUUCAAUAACACCCUUGCUUGCUAUUUCCAUACUACUAGAUUCUGUCCAAGGUGUCUUAUCAGGGGUGGCUAGAGGAUGUGGUUGGCAGCAUUUAGCUGUUUAUGUCAACCUUGCAACUUUUUACCUCAUUGGUUUACCAAUUUCAUGUCUCCUUGGAUUUAAGACCAAUUUGCAAAUGAAGGGUUUAUGGAUUGGUCUGAUUUGUGGCCUUGUAUGUCAAACCGGGACACUCUUACUUUUGACAUGGCGUGUCAAAUGGACUAAACUGAAUCUCUCCGGGGACAAAGAUAAAGAUCAGCCUAUUGUUGUUUAA